UCUUUAUAUGUAUUAUGUUCUCCUGAUCAAAGAAGAGGUAGAGAUUUCCUUUCUUUCAUCUCAAAACCAUGGAUAACGAAACUGAGACAAACCCUUCAGAGACUGCAGGGAAACCCAUUCGGUGCAAAGCUGCAAUAUGCAAAAACCCAGAAGAAGCUCUGGUGAUAGAAGAAAUCGAAGUAGCCCCACCUCAAGCCUGGGAAGUUCGAAUCAAGAUACUCUGUACCUCUCUGUGUCACAGCGAUGUUACCUUCUGGAAGAUGCAAAAACCUUUCGGGACUUUCCCUACAAUUUUCGGGCAUGAGGCAGUCGGAGUUGUGGAGAGUGUUGGGGAGUUUGUGGAGGAGGUAGAGAAGGGGGACAUAGUGGUUCCAGUGUUCUUGGCAAACUGUGAAGAAUGUAAAGACUGCAAGUCAGAGAAGAGCAAUAUCUGCUCAAAGAUACCGUUCAAAGUGAACCCAGGAAUGCCCAGGGACGGAAGCAGCAGAUUUAGAGACUCAAAUGGUGAAGUGAUCAACCAUUUCUUAUCUGUUUCUAGCUUCUCUGAGUAUACAGUGGUGGACAUUAUUCACCUUGUCAAGGUCACUCAACCUAUCCCUGCGGACAAAGCUUGCUUGCUUAGCUGUGGCGUUUCCACUGGGGUGGGGGCAGCAACAAAGAUAGCCAAAGUAGAAGAAGGGUCUACAGUAGCCAUUUUUGGACUUGGAGCAGUUGGACUUGCUGUUGCAGUGGGAGCAAAAUUGAGUGGAGCUUCAAAAAUCAUCGGUGUUGACCUGAAUCCUGAAAAAUCUGAGAUAGGAAAGAAAUUUGGAAUCACCGACUUUGUGAACCCAAAGGACUGUGGAGAGAGACCCAUCAGUGAGGUGAUUGUGGAAAUGACUGAAGGAGGUGCUGACUAUUGCUUCGAAUGCAUUGGCUUGGCUAAUGUGAUGGCAGACGCCUUCGCUAGUUGCAGAGAUGGUUGGGGAAGUACAGUGAUAUUGGGUGUGGAGAUGCACGGGGCACCUAUUAGUGUCAACUCCUUCAUGAUCCUCAGAGGGAAGAGCAUUGCUGGUUCCUUGUUUGGGGGAAUCAAAGCCAAAUCUGAUAUUCCUCGUCUCGCCAAAAUGUAUCUUGACAAGGAGCUUCAGUUAGACGAAUUCAUAACUGACGAGGUGGGCUUCCAGGACAUAAACAAAGCUUUUGAUUUACUCCUCCAAGGGAAAAGCUUGCGUUGCAUUAUAUGGAUGGACAGAUAGAUACAUACCUCGAUGCAUGAGCUGCUCAAUCUCCCUUGCUGUUUUUUUUUCUUCUUUUCCACUUUCUUUUUUAUUUGAUCUUAUUCAAAAAAUAAUGUUUAUUACUGCUUGGGUAUUAAUUGUUAUUAUUCCCAAAAAUAAAUGCCUGGUUUAGUUUCA